CCGUUCGAUAUAUAAGAAUCUGCAGCGCCUGCAAAAACCCAUUUCUGUCUUGACCGGCUCCUUUUAAUCAAUUCCUCAGGUCCACGAGAACCCAGAGCGUGCCAAAAUGAAGGUUUUUGCACUGAUGAUCCUGCUGGUCAGCGUGUACUGCCUGGAAGGGGCUAUCGUGAAACGGGAAGCGGAAACCCCGGCCCGAGACGAGUUGGCUGAAUUAGGGCAGUCGGUCCAACAGUUCUUCGCGACCGUGUCCGCAUACGUGACCAGGGAAAUGGUCCCGCAGGAGAGGAUCGAGCAGCUGAAGGCCCAAGCACAGACUUACAUGCAGCAGAUGCAGGCGCAUGUGGAUCCUUUGGCCACACAGGUGAGGGAAGGGCUGACCCAGAUGCUCUCUGGCCUGGUCGAAACCGCUAAGAAGCAUAUCUAGUGAGCGGAGGUGGAACCCCAAAGAGCUCUCCGGAUGAAGGCGAAGCCACGGAAGUCCUACCCAGCCCCUGCUUGUGACAUGAAGACCAUCAGGAUCUCUCCUCGCAAUAAAGGCACAGCAGGCCUUGUCCUCGAA